GAGUAGGCGACUGAGCUUGAAAGCACUUACCGUUAAACCAGAGCGCUUUGUCCGCGACAGGACGGCCAUCUUUCUGCUGAAGGAGACGGACGGGAAAAGAAAAUCCAUCUCACCGGGAGCAUGGCUGCGCACGGCAACCAGUACAUCUUCGGGGAGUUCAGCCCGGACGAGUUCAAGCAGUUCUUUGUGACGCCUCGCUGUUUUGUUGAGCUUCCCCCCUUCAAUGAGAGAGCCUCCUGCGUCAGUCACAACUCAGGAGGUUACUGCACUGUUGAUGUGCCGUACAUUACGGAAUCAAUGAGACGGCAGGUCUGCGGAGAGGACUACCAACACAUCGAGUUCGGCGUGGAUGAGGUGAUGAGUUCGGAGCCUGUGGUGGUGAAAGACUCCUUGUACAAAGUGUCCAGCACUCUGAACCCUCAGGCUCCCGAGUUCAUCCUGGGCUGCCAGCCGGCUCAGAAACCUCUUCCCACGGCCGCCCCGGUCUCCUGCGUCUCGCCCGGGGCCGAUUUUAACUCUGUGGACUGCGCCGACUCCGAGCCCUCGGCCCUGGACGGCCAGCAGGCCUGCUCCGACGUGGACGGCGUCUCCGGCGGCCUGGGCCAGCGAGAGCGCAAGAAAAAGAAAAAACGACCUCCGGGAUACUACAACUACCUGGAGGGCUGUGAGAGCGGCGGCGCGGCGGCGGACGGCGUGACCGGCACGGGGCUGGUGAACGGACACGGCCUCGGCACUCCGGCCCUGGGAUCCGAGGACACUGGCACCGAUCUGAUCCCUUCCACACAUUCUUCCACAUCAUCCACAGUUCCGCCUGGCCCUCCUACCAAUCAGAGGACUUGUGACAGCCCUGAUGAAUCCUCUGUGGACUUGGCGAGCGGAACCGCCUCUUUGUUGGACGGUAAUGCUGCGGCUUCCUCGUCCUCCUCUUCCUCCUCCUCUUCCUCUUCUUCUUCUUCCUCCUCCUCUUCCUCUUCCUCCCAGAGUGGUGGCCAUGCUGAAGGGGCCAGGACUGCAGAGCAGCACUCAGAACCCCCCGCUCUAGAGAGCCCUGAACUGCAGGGCAGUGACGGGAACGUCCCUUGCCCGACCUCCUCACCUUCUCCCCCGCCUUCUGCUGCUGUGCUCACCGCAGAUCUUGCUACUACUGACGAGGACGGGCGCCAGGCUAACGGGACGCCGGAGCAGUCGCCUGCCACCAGACUCGACAAUUCCGAUCCUCAGGCAAGCGCUGCUCCGGUCCCGUCUCCCACGGACUCAGGGGUCCAAGCACCUUCGCUUUCUCCUCUCUCUCCUGCCACGGCACCUGUCCCCAACACCCCCAAAUCCUGGGCUAGUCUCUUCCACAACUCCAAGCCUUUGCCUGGAGGCCCUCAGGCGUACGUCGAGGUGAAGGCCGCAGCUGUCGCAGUGCCUGCGACUCCCACUGCUGCCGCCGAGCAGCCCGAGAAACCGUGCGACGUCCAGGAGGGCCCAGUUCCCGUCUCUGAAGACCCCAUGGCACCGAAACUGGCAGAACUUAUCGACAAUGUGAAACUGAUCCACAAGCCCGUGUCCCUGCAACCCAGAGGACUGAUCAACAAGGGGAACUGGUGCUACAUCAACGCCACCCUGCAGGCGCUGAUCGCGUGCCCGCCCAUGUACCACCUGAUGAAGUCGAUUCCCAUCUUCGGCGAAACGCAAAGACCCUGCACCUCCACGCCCAUGAUGGACAACUUUGUUCGGCUCGUCAACGAGUUCAGCAACAUGCCCGUUCCCUCGAAGGCCAAACAGCAAGCUGCAGGAGAGAAGGUGAUAAAAGAUAUCAGACCAGGUGUUCCCUUCGAGCCGACGUAUAUCUACAAACUCCUCAUGCUGAUUAAAUGCAGCCUCUCGGAGAAGGGUCGUCAGGAGGACGCCGAGGAGUAUCUGGGCUUCACGCUGAACGGACUGCACGAGGAGAUGCUGGCACUCAAGAAGCUCAUCUCUCCACCGGACGAGAAAGCGUCCACACCGAACGGGCCGGGUUCCCACGUGGGCGCCGAGGAACCCACGAGCAAGGGGGAGGACGAGGAAGAGGAGGGCAGCGAGGACGAGUGGGAGCAGGUUGGACCCAGGAACAAAACCUCCAUCACCCGGCAAGCAGAUUUCAUCCGCACCCCCAUCACCGACAUAUUCGGAGGACACAUCAGAUCGGUGGUGUACCAGCAGAGCUCGAAAGAGUCGGCUACGCUCCAGCCGUUCUUCACCCUGCAGCUGGACAUCCAGUCUGAGAAGAUCCGCACGGUUCAGGAGGCGCUGGAGACCAUGGUGGCUCGCGAGUCUGUCCAGGGCUACACCACUAAAACCAAGCAGGAGAUCGAGAUCAGCCGAAGAGUGACUCUGGAGGAACUUCCUCCUGUGCUCGUGCUCCACCUCAAGAGGUUUGUCUUCGAGAAGACCGGCGGCUGUCAGAAACUGGUCAAGAACAUCGAUUACCCCGUGGACCUGGAGAUUAGCAAAGAUCUCCUGUCACCGGGCGUGCGGAGCAAAACUAUGAAAGGCCAAAGAACCUACAGGCUCUUCGCAGUCGUCUAUCACCACGGGAACAGCGCCACGGGCGGCCAUUACACUACGGACGUCUUCCACAUCGGGCUGAACGGCUGGCUGCGCAUCGACGACCAGGUGGUGAAGGUCAUCAACCAGUACCACGUGGUGAAGCAGACUGCAGAGCGCACCGCUUACCUGCUUUACUACCGCCGCGUCGACCUGCUGUAGAAACACACCCACACACACACACACACACACACACACACAGCGCUCAUACAUACGCACACACUUUCUAACACAACACAUACUCACACACCUCAACAGGAACACUGCCCAAUUUCUUCGCAUGUGAGUUUCCUCCUUUCAUCAUCCCUCGCUUUUACACACACACACACACACACACACACACACACACACACACACACACACACACACACACACACAGCCGGCUUUUCCACAUUUUUGUCAUCAUUUCAGAGGAAGAGGGGAAAAUUCUGGUACCAAAUCUGGUAUCUAAAGACUUCCAUGAGGUGGCGCUCCCUCCCACGCGUGUGCAGACGUUUAGAGACGGACAUUGCGGAGCGAAGGACACGACGGACCGAGACGCUUUAAUCCCCACGGCCUCGUUCGAGACGGAACCCGAGGGACUGCGCGAUAUUAUAUAUAUAUAUAU